ACGGUCCGGGCGCGAGCUGAACGAGCCGAAGAGCCGCGUGAGAGGCGGAGGGGGAAGCGGCCAUGCGGCUCUGACACACACACACACACACUCUCACACACACACUCUCGCUCACACACACACACGCCUUCAUUCUCGCCUCCGUCGACGAGGAGCAGCAGCACAUCGCACUUUUAAAGCCUCGCUCUCAGCGGCUCGCGCGAAACAGCUCGUGUAUGCAUGCGCAUGCACGCGGACCGUCGCGAGCCCGAUGCGUUGUUCGCUCCGAGCAGCUCCGGUGAACCGGCGAUGACCGAGCGAGGCUCACUUUCAGCCCCAGCAGCAGCAGCCCGAGCGCCCGCAGCAGCAGCAGCAGCAGCAGCCGCGGCGGCGGUGGUGGUGGUGGCGGCGGCGGUGUGAGCCCCGUGAGCAACUAACCUAACUAUAUAACCCACCAGCAGCUAUAUUAUAGCCCGGGACAGCGCACUUUCAGCCUGUUUCACCCCGAUUUAUCCCGCUUUAGCCCGUUUUUAGCCCGUUGUUCUCGCUCUAGCCCGGGUCCACAGCAUGCAUGCCAGCGUUCAGACAGCGGACCACCACCUCCAGCACCAGCAGCAGCAGCAGCAGCUCCAACCCCGGGACUGAGCGCUCUCUCUCUCCGGUUAAAGCGCCUGCUGAAGUUUUCCUCCUCCUCCUCCACCUCCUCAACUCAAACUUACCCAGCAGCGCUGCUCUCCCUCCGCUCAUCCUCUCUUUAUAUGCUCUCCAGCUCUCCUGCGGUGAAAGUGAGCAGUGGAGCUGAGUCAUGAUGGAUCAUCUCAGCGACGCCUGCCUGGGGAAGGAGAACUGUGAACUGGUCAGCAACCUGAGCGAGGCCAAGCCUCCUCCGGCCAAACUGGCCAGACUGGAGCAGAACGGCAGCCCUCAGGGCCGCUCGCGCCUCGGCAGCACCGGGGCCAAACUCUCCGGAGCCAGCUUCAAACCCUCCACACACCUGCUGAAAGCCUGCCACAAGAGGGGUAACAUGCUGCCAGUGUUCUGUGUGGUGGAGCACUACGAGAACCCUAUAGAGUUUGACAGCAGAGAAGAGCAUGCCGAGUUUGUGCUCGUCAGGAAGGACAUGCUCUUCAAUCAGCUGAUCGAGAUGGCACUCCUCUCGCUGGGCUACUCACACAGCUCUGCUGCCCAAGCUAAAGGUAUGAUUCAGGUGGGGAAGUGGAACCCCGUCCCUCUCUCUUACGUGACGGACGCCCCCGACGCCACAGUGGCUGACAUGUUGCAGGACGUGUACCAUGUGAUCACACUGAAGAUCCAACUGCACAGUUGUCCUAAACUGGAAGACCUGCCUCCAGAGCAGUGGACCCACUCGACAGUAAGAAACGCCCUCAAGGAGUUACUCAAAGACAUGAACCAGAGCUCUCUGGCUAAAGAAUGUCCCUUGUCACAGAGCAUGAUAUCCUCCAUUGUGAACAGUACUUACUAUGCAAAUGUGUCUGCGGCGAAGUGUCAGGAAUUUGGACGUUGGUAUAAACAUUUCAAGAAGACAAAAGAUAUGAUGGUCAUGCGCCAACCCUCCCAGCUGGAGGGCUACCUGGGGACGUGCGUCCUCCACGACAGCCCACGUGCCACCACAGUAGCUGAAAUGGACGGUUUAUCAGACCUUUCCCCGCCCGGAACCAAUCACCUGAGCUUCAGUCAGCAGCCCAUCCCGGGCAGCACAGCGGAGCAGCCCCCAUCCCCCGUGCCCCUGCCCCACAGCGGCCAGGCCCCGGGCCGCGCCCAGCUCCCCGGCCUGCACCCCGGCCUGGUGUCCACCCCCAUCAGCCCCCAGCUGGUCAACCAGCAGAUCGUCAUGGCUCAGAUCCUGAACCAGCAGUACGCUGUUAACCGGCUCCUCGCCCAGCAGUCCCUCAACCAGCAGUACCUGAACCACCCGCCCGUCAGCCGCGCCCUCAACAAGCCCCUGGACGGCCAGGUGUCCUCCAACACAGAGGUGUCUUCAGAGAUCUACCAGUGGGUGCGGGACGAGCUGAAACGAGCCGGCAUCUCCCAGGCCGUGUUCGCCCGCGUGGCCUUCAACAGGACACAGGGUCUCCUCUCAGAGAUCCUGAGGAAAGAGGAGGACCCCAAAACGGCGUCUCAGUCUCUGCUGGUCAACCUCAGGGCCAUGCAGAACUUCCUGCAGCUUCCCGAGGCCGAGCGAGACCGAAUCUACCAGGAGGAGAGAGAGAGGAGUCUGACAGCAGCUUCCGCUAUGGGUCCUGCUCCUCUUAUCAGCACACCCCCAUCCCGCCCUGUCCAGAACCAGAGUGUAGGAGUGAACCAGAUGCUGCUUUCCAGUUCAGAUCCCAUAAUCAGAUGCUACUCCGACUUGCCCAGAAGAGAAGAAUGCAACAACGUCAGACCUGAGGACUGGAACCCGAGGAUUCCAGUGGGCAUUUCUCCUAAGGCGUCUCGGGUCCCUGCCCAGGUGAAGCCCUCUCCUCUGCCAGCGGAGUGGAACGGCAAGCAGGAGAGCUCAGUCCUGAACAUCAACUCCUCCAUCUACGACGAGAUCCAGCAGGAGAUGAAGAGAGCCAAGGUGUCGCAGGCCAUGUUUGCCAAGGUCGCCGCCUCCAAGAGCCAGGGCUGGCUGUGUGAGCUCCUGCGCUGGAAGGAGGACCCGUCUCCGGAGAACCGCACGCUGUGGGAGAACCUGUCGAUGAUCCGGCGUUUCCUGAGUCUGUCUCAGUCUGAGAGAGACGCUAUCUACGAGCAGGAGAGCAACGGCGGCCAACAGCAGCACCACACAGACCGACCAGCACACCUGCUGCACAUGCCCAGUGAACCCCUACAGUCUCAAGUCCACCAGCCUCCCUCGUCCCAGCACCAGCACCAGCCCCCCCUGACCCUGCAGCACCCGUCCCAGCCCCUGCUGCCCCAGCAGGUUCCUCAGCAGCAGCUCCAGACAGGCCCCCGCCUGCCCCCCCGCCAGCCUUCCACAGCCUCCCCGGCCGAGGCGGAGGACGAGGGCCGCGCCAAGAGCCGCCAGCAGGGCAGCCGGAUCUCCCUGGAAGCCCUGGGCAUCCUCCAGAGCUUCAUCCAGGACGUGGGCCUGUACCCCGACGAGGAGGCCAUCCACACGCUGUCGGCGCAGCUGGACCUGCCCAAGCACACCAUCAUCAAGUUCUUCCAGAACCAGCGCUUCUACAUCAGCCACGGAGCCAAGCCCAAGAGCCCCGAGCAGGACGAGGGCCUGACGGACUUCAAGGAGAGCGAGCUGCUGAAGGAGCUGGACGAGAGCACGCAGACCAACAGCACCAUCUUCUCCAUCAAGAUGGAGGAGCACCACCUGGCCAGCGAGGCGCAGACCCUGGCCGAGCAGGAAGUGAAAGAAUGAAGAAAAGAUCCAUCAUUUUUUCUUUCUUUCUCUCAUUUAUCUCUCAUUCUUCUCUCUCUCUUUCUCUUUUAAAUCUGCCUUACAGCAGUAUAUAGAACUAACUGUAAGACUCUCCACGACCCAGGACUGAGUAAUACUACAGAAACGAAAAGAAGAAGAAGUAUUACCUUUUACAUUUUGUAAAGCCCUGUAUUAUUAUUAUUAUUAUUAUUAUUAUUGUUAUUAUUAUUAUUAUCACUGUAAAGAAAAAUCGCGCAUCAUUUAAAUAACCUGCACAAACAAACAAAUGAAAAAAAAGUACAAAAAAAGGAAAAAAAAAAUCUUGAAUAUGUUGCCGUGAAUAUUUGCUGACUGCACUUGAUGUCUGUUGUUUUUACACUGAACUUCUGACUUCUGAACUUCUGAGCUACUGAUUUUAAAAGAGGAAAAAAGAAAAAGUCAGUGGAGUUUGAUAGACUUUGAUAGAUGUUUACGUACGUGGUGUUAACUGGAAUUUUACCUUUUUAAUUUUUUUGGUUUUGUUAUAUAUUUUUUGUUUCGUUUUGUUUCAAUUUUAAUGCAACAAUUUUUUUUUUUUUUUUUUGCCCUGAAACUGGUGGAAACAGAGGAGAAAAGGCCUUAACGGUGAGGUACUCUUAUAGGCUUAUAGUCCUUAAAAUGAAAAAAAAGUAAGGAAGUAAGGAAGGAAGAAGAAGAAGAAGGAUCUCACUCUGGAAACUCACUCUCUGAGUGUUGGAGAAUAGCUCAAUCUUUACUUAUUAUUAAUUAUCGUUAUUAUUAUUCUUAUUAUUAUUUGUUUCUGAAGAAAUAUAAAUAUAUAUAUAGACAUAUAUUAAUUGUAAAGAGAAAAAGAAGAAAAGCGGAAUAAAAACGAAUAAAAAUAUACAGUCUUAAAGAAACUAUGCCAACAAAUGCCUUGUACUAUAUGGCACUGCCGAUGUUAGAUUAUUUUGCGAACCUUUGUCACUGUAAUUCUGUAAUUUUCAGGAUUUUCACACAGUUGGAAAUGUGAAUCACAGACCUCCUCCUCCUCGUAUUCCUCUUUGUUCCCCUUUAUCUCCCCCUCUUCAUCAUACUCCUCCAUUAUUUAUUUGCAGAUCAUGCUGUGUUCUGAUGUUCUGAUGUAAUUAUGUUUUUUAAAAACUUUCUGUUACUGUUACAUAGCGCUUUUUAAUUUACACAGAUUUUCUUUGUUUUUUUUUUUUUUGUUUAAUUUCCUAUUUAUAAAUGUAAUUUCGAUGGGCAGUAAAAUCAAAAAGUGUCUUAACGUUUUAAAUGGAGAAAUGUGCUUUAACAGUUGCCUAAAAAGUGCUGUAUGUCGAGCAACUCAUGCUACUCAAGCUUCUCACGAAUUUAUGUCGUAUGCAAUUUUUACUAUCAUGCAAAUAAGCUUAGGAGAAAUGACUAACCCUAUAGACGACCACCUUAGAAAGAGAGAAAAAAAAAAACAUAUGCAAUUUGUGUGAAAUCGAUGUUUGCGACGUGUCUUCCUUUGGUUAACGACCCGAACGACUCAAAGCUAUUCCUGUAUAAAAACCUUCUGUACAAAAAAACAAAAGUGUUUCUUUUUUUAUGAGUUUAUUGCAAUGAGAAAACACCAGUUAUUUUGUUACGACUGACUGUUUUAUAAGUGUUUCUCGGUUUUUCUUUCAGCAGAACUGUUCUAACUAGGAGUGGUUAUUGAUUGUUAAUGACACAAUUAAACUGUUUGUAUUGUACCCCAGAAUCUUGGCGUUAAUGUCACCAUGUGCACGGAGUUUACUGGAUCAGAAACAUGUAUCGAUGUAGCGAUAAAUGCAAAAUUACAUAUAUUUAUCGCUUAUAUUUUAAAUGCUGUUACAUUGAAAUACUAUAAUACCAGAAUGAUCCACAUGACCCCGCCCCCUUUUAGAGCUGCUCUCUCUCUCUGUCUCUAUCUCUCUCUCUCUUCCUCUUUAUUUCUCUUUAUGGCUGUUUGUUUCCUAUUGCGAGCACGCUUGCAGGUAAAUAAGCGGCUGGUGUUAAUGCCUCGUUAAUGAGCCCAUCUUCAGGGAGAGGAGGUGUAAAGAGAUGCAGGUGCUGCGUGUGACCCCUCGCUGAACCCCGCAGCCUCACCUGUUCGCACCUGCGCGACGAGGUGUCACCCGGGCUGGGCCCUGAGCCGCGGGAGAGCCGAGAUUUCGCUCUGAUGCUGAAAACAAACUGGCUCGGAAACUUCCUGAAGGCCUGAUGCUCCUUUUAGUAGAGUUUAGCCUCUAUUUUAUGUUUUUUUAGGUGUUUCGAGCUGUUGUAGCCAGUGGAAAAAUUUGAUUUAGCGAGGUUAACUCUUAAAAAGUCCUUAAAAAGCACUUAAAAAAUGUCUUAAAUUUGUAUAUCAAGCAUUGAUUUGUCUUAAAAUUAAAAUCCUCCCCCAUUCUUGUUAGGCCAAUUCAGCUGCUACUCAGCUGUAUAUCCCCCUAUCACUACUCCAAAGGGGGAUUCCACAACACCCAGAGGGUGAAGACGAGCACAUGCCUCUUACGAUACAUGUGAAGUCACUUCAGCGACUCGGUUCUAAUACAGCAGCUCACAGAUAGACGCAGUCUUGUGCUGAUCAUCAUCACCCUAGGAGUGAUGAGGGGAAAGAAAGAGCAACAUCUACUGUACCCACCCAGAGAAAGACAAAGGCCAACUGUGCUCUCUCUGGGCUCCGGCAGCUGAUGGCAAGCUGCAUGACAGGGAUUCAAACCAGCGAUCUUGGCGAUCUCCUAAUCAUAGCGGCAGCGCUUUAGACCGCUGAACCACUUUUUAAAGUUUUAUUUUCACACAUUUUACUUGUAUAAUGUACAAAUUUGAUACUUUUAGCUGGAAUAAAUAGGCAAAUUGUUAGAUAACCCAAAUUCCUUUAUGUCAAACCUAAAAAAUGAUGUCAAAUUAAUGUAAACUGAUAAAAAUUGGCAGUGUCUAACAUUAAUAUCUCACUUCUGUUCUGGCUAAAUUACUUCUUAAUACUUUUUUUUUUUUGAGUGGUGUAAAAUUUUUUUAAAAAGACCUUUUAACAGCCUCCACCUUAAAAAGUUGCUUCUAUAUUUAAAAAUAAGACGCUUAAGUGCAUCUUAAAUACCUUGCAAUAUAGAAAUAUUGGAAUAGGAAUGUUCCUGGCCGACAAAUUGAUGCACAUCUUAAACAUUUGCUACAGAAAAAGUGUCUAAUUCACAAUUUUACAGCUUUUAAUACUUCAGGCUAAUAGAUUUCGAUGGAUUUCAACAACGUGUGGAAGCUUCUUGUCGCUUCUUCUGUACAAGAUGUGCCCUGAUGCAUGUGGUUGUUCUGCGUUCUGCUUUUAUUAUUAUGUAAUAUUUCUUUAAUAUUUCGAAUUGUCUGGGUUGGAUGUUAACACCUGUACAGAAAGUCCAGAUUUCACUCCAUUUUUCCCCACCCACGUUCCACCAAGACGCACGAGAAGAAGACGAUGAGAUAAUCCACCAGAGCCUUCACGUUUUUAACCAGAUCCGGAUCUCCAGCCCCGCCCUCGCAGGUUCUUUCAGCUGCACUGUAAAUUUAGCAUCUUUACUGUGUACAGGUGUGUAUUAUGUGACAUGUGAACAUGACUUCAAGUGUGUACAGUUGUGUACAGUAUGAAUAAGCACAUUUUGAUGAUUUCAAAUGUCAAAUAAACUUCCUUAAAGAUCA